AAAUGCACUCGACAUACCUAAUCAGUUGCAAAAUGUCGACCAAUAGAAGCACUAUAAACGAGAAAGAAGUCUCAUUUUUUAAAAAUCUUAGUGAAGGAUGGUGGAAAGAAGACAGUGGAUUGCAACUACUGCACGAGACUAAUAGGAUGAUGGGAGCUUUCGUACAAGACGAGUUGUUUCGAACCGGGUUAAAAACGCAAGAUGCACCCGGUGGUGGUCAAGUGAAGAUCUUAGAAGUGGGUUGUGGGGGAGGUUUCCUUACUGAAAUAUUAGCUAGGAUGGAUUGUGAGGUGACAGCGAUCGACGUAGCGCCAGAACUAGUUGAGAUCGCGAAAAACCACGCCUCGUCCGAUCCUGUAACGUCAAAGACCACUUACAUUGCGCAGUCCAUUGAAGACCAUACGAAACAUAACGCCGACAAAUAUGACAUUGUUAUCUCCAAUUUUGUUUUGGAACACGUCGACGACAAAGAGUACUUCCUCGAAUCGUGCACGAAGUGCGUCAAACGAGGAGGGCUGUUUAUCGUCAGCGCGAUAAGCAAAACAAUAUGGAGCUGGUUGAUGAUAAAUCUGCACGAAAGGGUUUGUGGAUAUGUACCCAGUGGCACUCACGAUUGGAAUAUGUGUAUUACAGCGCAGGAUACACACAAAAUGAUACGCAAAAAUAAUUUCGAAAUAAUCGAAACACGCGGGUACUUCCACAAUAUUCUAACUGGAAAGUUGUCUUGGUGGUCAGAGUGGUCUUUAGCUUAUGUUAUCGAAGCUAAAAAAUUGUACUAGCGUACAUCCCAUUUUCGAUCGAUUAAUUAUUAAAAUGUAUUACAAGAUAAUCCAUUUAAAAAUAAAUUGAUAGAAAAUCAUA